AUGGCUUUAAAGAUCUCUCUUCUCCUGCUCGCAAUAGUGCUUAUAGUAAACAGAGCUAGUAUUAAUAGUGAUCAGGUUUCAGCAGACAAUACGACGUUAGACUUAAAUGAUACUGAUAAAUUGGAACUAAAGUACCUCCCGUUCAUUGCGUUCAUAGACAAGGAGAAAGACAACAGCGAGUAUUGGCGGGAGACGGAGAUUUUGUCUCUGGUGCGUAGCAAAGAAAUGGGCAUAGACUAUGAGAAGUGCGAGCACACUCGCCCCGUGAGCUCUUUGGUCCACAUACCGAGUCGCAGGAGCGUGAGGCCUAUCUGCAAAGGCCAAUUAGACUACCAGGUGUGCCCCCAGUGUCCCCAUUUCAACAAUCACACAGAAUGCGAACUCUUCAGAGACUCUUGCAGUCCAGAACUCGACCAAUCUUGCGUGGAAGAUGAAUACAAUUUCGAUACCGAGGAAUUUUUGCCAGUCACGACGAUCGAUUUUAGGGCCGGCUGCAAUCCAUACUGGGGUCAUCCGGAGCAGGAGCUCCGAUCACUGAAAUGCGACAAAAUCUUGCGCAGAUGUGUUCCUGUAUCCAUACCAACAAUACCUAUGGAAACACUGAAUAUACGCCGCAGCUACCGCUACCAGGCGCCCACAGACGGCUCUGAGUGCCCGGUGAGCUGCCGCGGGUUUAAUUGUGAGCCGCUUGCACGCGAGGAUCAGUGCGCCGCCGGCGCCUUCCUGCCUGACAAGAGUACGUGCAACUGCUGCGGACGAUGCAGCGCUUACCAGCAACUUAAUCAGAAAUGUGCUGAAUAUAAGAAAAAAAUUCACGAAGAAAACGGCACAAAAGAGAUCGAGGUAGAGGAGGAAUUCCUCGAGCCAGGCUGCGAUGACGGGCUGGUUUGCCGACAAGGCAAGUGCCAGGACAUCCACGUGGUGCAGUCAGCUGAUGGAGGGCGGAGGAAAAGGGAUGAGAAUAUGGACAACGCUCAUGAGCCUUGCAAACGCGAACUGAAGUAUUUCAAGAAGAAAUACGGUCACGAUGGGCAUCUACAUUUCGACGCGCCGCAGUGCACGCCCCUGUGGUUGUACGCUCCAGUGCAGUGUCGCAAAUUCGUAUGUUACUGCGCUCUAGAAGACGGUACCAUCAUACAGGGGAUCAAAGUGCCCAGGGUGGAAGUCUCCAACAUGAACUGUGACUGCGCUCGCGAGAAAUGCCGUACUGGUUCCGACGUGGAGUGUGACGGUUAUGGCAACUACAAGGAGGCCAUAUUUACGUACCGCGACAACGACUGGACAGAAUUCAAGAAACUCAAUGAAGGUUACAUCGUGACGCCGCGUCGUGUCGGCAGAGAGAUCGAUCUGGUGUCGCCGCCUGCGCAGGUGAUCUGA